AUGUCAAGCCACUCGGUGGUUCAAUAUGCUCGGUAUCAUCGAUUAGCUCUUCCGCAGUCCACUCCCGACCUACUGAAGCGUCUGGCCUCGGUUUCACCAAUCAACAGUGAACAAACCCAGCUUCAUCAUCCAUCACUUGCACCUGUCGAAGAUCUAAUUCCCGAAGACAAAUUCCAGCUGAGUCAGGCUGCUGCAACGUAUCUAAGCGACCUGACCAUACCGAAACCAGAGCUGAGAUGGGACCAUGUGCUCGAAGAUCCGUACCGUCAUCAAAAGUUAGUGGUGGAAGUUCCGCUGCUGAGAAGCAACCAUGACAGAGAUAUGCGCUGGUUCAAGAGGCCCAUGGACCUGAAGAAACUCAUCCAUGAACUUGCUGCGAACACUGGACCGGACGGCUUGUCGUCCGUAGAGGAGUCGCAGUGGCUAGUUGAGUGCAGCGCCGCUACGGAGGCUUUCUCGACCGAGAUCCAUUAUCCACGGCUCGAAUCGUCUCCGACUGCGAUGAGGCGUUUGACGGUCGCUAUGACUGAUAGCUGCACCCAAAGAGACCUGGACGACUCCUAUACCGACGAGAUUGUCAGGCUACAGAGCCGACAACUGGAACCCUUUACUCCUAUGCUUUCACCCACAGUCCAUGCUAUGGGUGAGGUAGCACUUCCACUAGUACCACAGCUAGGCCUCGAACCACGGUCGGAGAACUCAUCAGACUCUGACAACCUCAUGCUCCAUCUUGAGCAGACCAUGAAGAAGCAUGACCAGAUCUGUACGAGCGACAUCAACGAUGGGAGCCCGUGCAAAGUUCGUCAGGUUCUAGCAGAAGCAUCAAAGACGCCAGAGCGUCGACGAACCCCACGAUCCAUCUCACCAAUAAGCCAAAACGUUCAAAUCAAUGCAACAGGCCUUAAGUUGGAGGUUCCGAUCGUAUUAACAUCGCCAUCGAAAUCUCAAUCAAAUAAUAUCUCCAAAGAUGCGAUGAACGCUUUCUUUGAAGACUUUCUAAUCUUUCCGGAAGAAGAGAAGGAUACUCACGUCAAGCAGUUAGAGAAAGAUCCGCUCAGGAGGCAGCUUGAUGUAUACAACGAGUGCGAGCUCAACAAGAUCUGGACGUCAACCCCAUCGCCUCAAGAUCGCGAUCUUCGCCUUCCGGUGCCGCAUAUGAACGAAGGAUGGCAACCCGGGGCCAGAAAGCUGUCUGUCCAGAAGAUCAUCAGUGGCGAUGAUCUCGUGAUGAGCCACCAAGAUCCCCCCAGACUGGCCCAACUCAACUGGGUUCCAAUGACCAAGAACUCGACAAAGCCAGUCCUGAACGAGAACCUCGAAGGCUCAGACAGUGUUCAAUCUUAUCUUGAUAUCCCAAAGAUAGUGACGCGUAGCGAAGAGCUUCUCUGGAAAGAACCAGGAUUAAGGCUGCUGGAACCAUAUGACUCAGAGGACGAAGACGAGGAGCUUGAGAUCGAUAGAACCCUCGUCAACUCGCUCGGCGCAAACCUCGACAGAGUUGCAGGUGAGAAGCACGCUCUGCAGGACGAUUCUUGCACAUGGACAGAGCAAUCAACGGUCUCUAAAGCCAUCAGAACCCGCUAUGCCCCAAAAGCGCCGAUUGCAUGCGAACCCGAUAGAAUCCCAAAACAGGAUUUCGCUGCCCGUCAUCAAGUGUCUGAGCCGAUGUUAAAAGCUGCUGUGGGCAGGAAGACGGGUAUGGAAGCGAGCUCACGCCCUGAAAAUGGUCCCCGGCUCAAUCCUUUCAUGGCAGGCAAGCCUGAUGGGCCCAACCACAAGUCACUCUACAUGAUACCGGAUGUAACUGGUGCUGCACCGAGAAAGUUCUCAGCUAGUGGCUCACUCGCCGCGUUCCUAGAUUUGAGAGGUGGCCAGUUCAAGAAACCUACCCUACCCGCUACUGGCCCAUCCCCUGCCAUUGAUCUCUAUUCGAACCCCACGGAAGAUGCCAGCGACGCCAUACAGAGCUCACAGGUUUCUGUCGCUGCACCAGAUGAGCACAUUGAGGUCCCGUCGACGCCGAGCGACUUGAUCAGCCGUAGCUCCACACCAGUUCCAGCCAUUGAGGCCAUCUUGGAAGAAAGGGUUGUGGUUAUGGACGAGAGACUGGUGAGCCAGAGACCUUUGAUGGCGCUCAUCAAUCGACAGGAAGACGAUCUUCUCAGGGUGAUCUAUCGUGAUCUGCAUGGGUUGGCAGAGAUCAUUCUUAACCCGACGAUGUGCGUCAUAUACACCAACGUACAAGCGCUGAAACAGAAGAACUUGCCUGGUCAGCGGUCCAACAUCGUCAACACCCUGCACGACCGGAUCCGCCAGGCAAGCGUCCAGUUUGAAACACUCUUCAUCAUUGUCACCACAAACGCAGCCGAUAUACAAAACCACGCUCAUGCAAUCACGGACUUCACAGCCUUUUGCGCCAGCUUUCAAGCCAUCGGUGCAAAUGUGUGUCCGAUCUGGAUGGCUGCGGGCGGUGCCGCCCCCACCUCUAGAGACAAAGCGUCUGACGCCCUCACCGCAUGGACUUGGCGCCUCAUAACGCAGCACGGCCUUCGAAGAAACGACAGCAUGUCAUUUAUCGAUGACGCCACGCUCUGGGAGCUCUUCCUCCGUGAAGCUGGCGUGAAUGCCCUGGCUGCGCAAUUGAUGCUGGGGAUGUUGAAGAAGGAAACCUCUGUGCAGGUAAGUGGUGAUUGCCAUCGGGUUGGGAACGGCGGAGGAGGGACAUGGGGGCUGAGGAAGCUGGUCAGCAUGUCGAGGCACGAGAGGGAGGAGAUGUUUGCGAGAUUCGUGGGUAGAAAAUGUCUCAGGCAAGUGGACAAUAUAGUUACCCGGACUACGUCAACAGCUCGGCCGUAG